UUUUAAAAUUGGGUUUUCACAAGCUUGACCAGGUGAUCAUUGAUAACUAGAGGAGAAAUGUCACAGCAGCAGCCAUGGCUAUUCAUCAUCUUCCUCCUAACAACGCUCUUCCAUAUGUCAAUUGCUGAUGUUGGCUCUGCUGCCCAUUACAGCCCCCCAUAUAUUCCCACGGCCUGCUUCGGGAAUGAUGAAUCCCAGUUUCCUACUAGCAACUUGUUUGCAGCAGCUGGGGAUGGAAUAUGGGACAACGGUGCUUCCUGUGGGCGGCAAUACUUGGUAAGGUGCAUCAGUGCGGCUAACCCUAGAACCUGCAAUCCUAGUCAAACCAUUCAAGUAAAGAUAGUUGAUCGAGCUGAUACAUCGGUGUCUAGGCCUUCCAGCAAUGGUGCUACAAUGGUUCUUUCCACAACUGCAUUUGGGGCCAUUGCAAAUCCCUCUGCUGCAUCCGUUAACAUUGAAUACCAACAGGUGUGAAUUUUGAAGAUUACCGUACCUCCCCCAGUACAUUAAUCUCGGAUCAAAUUGUAAGAGAACU